UCAUUUGAUCGACAUCAACCAAACCCCAUAGCUUAGACUCAAAUAUCGACCAAUAACAUACCCUCGUCAACAGAUUAAAUCACAAUUCCUCCUCAAAUCCAAAUUCCAUCUUCCGUCAUUCGUAGCAUCAUCUACCCCCGUCAUUCCCCGCGAGAGCCACAACAACCGACCUAAAAACACCAAGCAACUGGAACCAAAGUCCUCAUCGAUUGCUUUCAGAACAUACACACCUAGACGCUGCAUAUAGUCGUCGGUCAUCUAUCCGCCUUGCAACUCGACAAUUUGUCGACUUUACCAUCUCGCGAUAUAAGCGAGUUGUCAUCAAUAUGGAGAUUGAGCAUCUGAUCAAGGCCUUUCUGAGCCUCAUACAGUUCCUUUUCGUCUUACUCACCACCGCGCUCGUCGGCAAUGUCAUGGCAAACAAUAUCAGCGGAUCCCAAUCCGCUAUUAACUUUGUUAUGUUCGUGUGCGCCGUCUCCUGGCUUUUCGUCCUCUACGAUCAUGCUUCGCGCUUCUUCCCCCGCGUCGCAAUCCCCAUCGUAAUCCUUGUUCUCGACAGCCUCGCAACUCUCUUCACCUUCAUCGCUGCCAUUGUCUUCUCCGCAAAAAUACAGGCAGUGAACUGCUCCAAUAUAGGAAACAAACCCAGUGACUAUAUUGCAUAUGGUUCAGAAGAUAAUGAGAAGCGAUGCCGUGAGAUCCAGGCUAGCACUGUAUUCUUAUGGUUCCUCUUCGCAGCCUUUGCUGCUAGCCUUUUCUUCAACAUAAGAGAGAUCCGGCGCCAUAAUGGUUCUAUUCGCGGUCCUAAUAUGUCCCAGAUCGGCGUAUAGGCUGCUGAUCGGAUCGACAAUGACUAUUUCUCUAGGAUCGGUAGGGAGUAUGCUACGACUUUACGAGCGAGUAAUGCAUGCUAAAUUUGGGGGCCCGGUUAUCGAAUGUACGACCAAGGGGUACAGAGUUAUGAAUAAACACGGGGAAGACGGGCUUGGCGUUCGGGUCGACUUGUAUUCUCAGGGGCAAGUCUCCUGAUGUAAUCCA